CGGGUCUACCGACCCGAUCUACGAUGGUGACAUUGAGCGAAGAUCGUACCGCGGCGGGAAUGGCAGAGAGCCUAGAAGAGCCGAGGCGGGAAGAAGAAGGUGACAACAUCAAUGCCGUUAGGUUUCGGAGUGGCUCUGACGACAUCAGGACACAGUCUUCUCUCGAUCGGCAAGGUAUGGCAACAUCUCACGAUAAAGAGGGCGUAGAUGACGACGAAUCUGACGACCAAGGGGGCGACACGUUAGGUCCUUUGAUGGGAGACGAUGAUGUAGAAUUGGGAAUGGAUCGGCCGCCGUCGCAACCAGCUUCCACCCAGUCGAAGAAUGAACGAACAUCGCACGUUCACGAUUUGUCGUCCGGUAAGGCGGGUGGUGCUAGAACUCACCAGGCGGUGGUUCGAUCGGAAAACAAUUGCGAGCCGAAAAAUCCGGGAGCUCGGAGAUCGUCACUCUUGUCUCAGUAUGUCGAGGGAGCGAAAGAAGGACUAGGUGGAAUUCGACGUCGAGUAGCUAAAGAAGACGAAAACUAUGGGGAGGACGAAGAAGGAGGAGGUUUACGGACAGCAAUGCACGGCCGGCUUCAGGUAUUCUCUCGGAACUUCAAAAAGACGGACGAUUUAGAAGAAAGGGACGAAGACAUUGAGCCUGUGCAGUACCGACUUCAAGCCGUCAGACACCAUGUCAAAGGUCCUAAGCUCCUGAGAUGGCUCGGAGUUGCCGAUGGUCGAUUCAAUAUAUAUGAUGAUUACGGUGCGAAUCCUGACAGCUUCUCUCUCAACAAUCUUGUCAUGAGGUACUUGCACUGGACUUUUCGAAGCAGUUUCACUUCUGUCUUUCUGUCCGCCGCUGUCGGCUUCAUAUCUUUAACGAUGAUGUUUGCUGCUUGGAUCUGGGCCCUCGGAAGAAAAGAGCCAGGAUGCAUAGGUGGAGUUGAUUUUGAAACCGACACUUCUUACGUUGAUGCGUUCAUCUUGAGCUGGACAACCUUCUCCACGGUGGGAUUCGGAGUAAUUUUUGCCGGCACGUCUUCCGAAGUCCCGAACGUGAAAAAUUGUACAGGUAUCACAAUUGUUGUAACGCUCGAAGCUUUCGUAGGAGUCCUUUUUAGUGGCAUGAGCGGCGCAAUCAUGUUCGCCAAAGUGGCUCGCAUUCAGAGUUUUGCGCAGGUAAUAUUUAGCGAUCCGAUUGUUAUUCGAUACGGAAGUGGAGUCGCCAAUCAUGAUUCCCAGCUUGACGACGAUUCCGACGAGGGUGUAGGAGAGGCUAACGCUUUGCAGGAUAUUCCUUGCCCCGUUCUUGAGUUUCGACUUUUGAACCGACUCAAUGCCACUAUUGGAGGAGAAAUUCUUGAUGCUUCAGUCACUAUUGUAGCGAGCAUUGAUGCAACUCAGGCAUGUCCCACAGUAAGACAAGCAACACGAAGAAGGCGUGGAAAAAAGAAUAAAAAGCGGACCGUUGGUUCUCGAUCUGCGCCGAAUCAAAGAGCAUCAAUUCUGGGUUCGAACAGAGGACGGAAUGGGGAAAAUGGCUUUCGUAGCGAUGUACAGUCACUAGCGUCAAAUGUUUCUCUUCGGACUCUUGGCAAGACUCAUCAAGCCUUUGAAGAAGAUCCCACUGGUCACUUGGUCCCAAAGCGUAUUUUUUCCAAGCUGGAGAUCGAAUCGCCAGAGCAUCCCUUUUUCAAACGCGUAUGGAUGGUGCGUCACAGAUUGGAUGAAAGCUCGCCUCUGCUGAAAGCUCACGCCCGUCAAUUGGUUCAAGAAAACCAUGGACACUGGCCAAUAGAGAUGAAUAGCGCGGAAGGAGUUCGAGCCGCGGUCAAUUUUGAUCAGAUUUUAGUAAGUAUGUCCGGCACUUCCAACGCGGACGCAAACUCCGUCUACGCUCAAAAGGUGUAUGAUUUUGUCGAUGUUAACGUUGGCUAUCGCUUUGUGAAUGUUCUAUAUCGCGACACAUUUGACGGGUCGCUUUUCGUAGAUUCCAGGCUUGUCAACGAUGUAACAGAGCAAGCUGGCGGGGGUGGCGAGUCGUUCAACGCCGCUCGUGGCGAAACGCUCGGUGAUAUGUUGGUACUAUAGAUUAAGUUAAUGCAUGAUUUUUACGAGUGGUUGUG